AUGACCCAUAAGAUAUAUGAAUACGAGCAUAUCAAAUUCUUAUCACAAAAUCCCAACUCUCGAGUAGUUCUCAUCGAUGUGAGGGAACCUGAAGAAUUUCAAGAGACCAACAUCCCUACGUCGAUCAAUGUUUCCUACAGAUCCUACCCAAAUGGAUUGGCGAUGGAUUCUGAGACUUUCUUCAACACUUUCAAAACUAGAAAGCCUGAAUAUGACAAGGAAUUGGUUCUUUUAUGUGCAUCAGGCAGAAGAGCCUCUGAAGCCUUGAAAGUUGCCUUGGAGGCUGGAUAUAGUGAAGUAUCUCUGUACCCAGGAUCUAUGAAAGAUUGGACAUAUAGAGAGAAGGGUGGGUCAACGACCCUUGCGUGCCCUAUCUAG